AUCUGGAGAGGUGUAGAAAGGGAGGCUUGGGCUGUGGGUUUCAAAACUGGCUGGUUCUGAGGAGCUUGAGUCUACUUAAGUAAUGUCUUGAGGGAUCAUGUAUGGCAGCAAGAAAAGAAAAUGUAAUGUCUCUGUUUGUAAACAUUGCAAGAUAGUGAUGGAACAACAGGAUAUGUUGUAAGGGUGAAUUUACAAAUUCUGACCUGACAUUUUAAGGGACGUGAUCUAUGAGUUUUUUCUUCCUAUUGAGUGAGCAAUACAUACAAGCAUGCAUCUCCUCUGGCUGAAGAGAUUGUGUUCAUCACAGCAUCCCUGUUCAUUCUGUUCUCAUCUGCCUUCUCAGAAUUGCAUUUUCUCAGAGAAAGGCCAAGAUAAUGUAAACUUUAAAAUUAUACCCUCCUAUUCCCAAAUUUAAGCAUUAUAUCUCUAAUGAUGUUAAAUCAACUGAUAGCAAUUAAUCAGUGAGGUGACUGUAAAUUAGGGUCAUUUUUUUGUUUUGUUUUGUUUAAAAAAAAUACUUGGAAAAGGCUUGCUGUAUUCAACACAACUCAGACAGAUAAUAAUAGUGGCUAUGUUGUAAGGAAGUCCAAAAUUAUGAAUAGCAUGCAACUGCCUAGUUUACUCAGGGGCUAGGCUGGAGGAUGGGGGAAUUGUCUAUUCCCUCUGAUUGCAGCCAAGGUAAAUAAUCUGAUAACAGAAUGCCCUUUAAACUUGGGACUCUGGAGGUUGUGAGGGGAACAGUAAUCAGCAAACCUAAAUUGUUCAUAGGCUUGUUGCCUGAUUUCACUGUAAAAUGAUAAAUUACAGGUGGCAAAGCGUGUCAAAUGGAAGUAGAAUCCUGCCAGUCUGGUGCUAAGGUAUUUGGAGAACUAAUAGAAAGGUGCUAUAGUUUUUCCAGUGAAUUAACUUGUUACAAAAUACCAUAGACAUUAAGACAUUUGUUGAAUACCUUUGAAAAUUCAGUUAAUUAUUUACAAAAGUAAUACUUAGGGAGUUUUCACAGGUGGUGGAAACUGUAAAUGGAGACAGUAAAGAAGAUGAGAUUUAAAAGCUAUUUUAUCUUCCUAGUUAUGGUGUGUUCAAGGAAACUCCUGGCAGAAGAUACACCUUGUGAUUUGCCACAAAUAGAAAAUGGAAACAUUGCCCAGUACUAUUACAGUUUCAAAAGUUACUAUUUCCCUAUGCAUAAAGGAAAAAAACUCUCCUAUUCUUGUGUGGUUGGUUACACAACUGAAAGUGGGACUCAAGAUGGAAGAAUAACUUGUACAGCAGAAGGAUGGUCUCCAGUGCCUCGAUGUUUCAGAAAAUGCACCAAGCCUGCUUUGGAAAAUGGCUCUUUUUACAGCACCGAAAUGGACUUCAAACUCCAUGAGAAGCUGAAAUACAAAUGUAAUCCAGGCUACCUCACCCCAAGUGGUGCUACUGAAGAUACAGUGCAGUGUCAGCCACAAGGAUGGUCCUUCCAGCCAAGCUGUACUAAAACACUUGAGUCGUGCCCGGUGCCACGGUUGGAGCACGGCAGCUACGCAGGGGCGCUGCGGGAGGUGCGGCAGAACGGGACGCUGCGGUACCGCUGCCAGCCGGGAUUUCGCACCGCCGCCGGGAGCGCCGCCGCCACAGCGCUGUGCCUCCCGCACGGCUGGGCCCUGCCCCCCCGCUGCACCAGGAUAACUUGCUCCGCUUUGAGUGAAGUAGCUCAUGGAGGUUUCUAUCCUGUGAAGAAAACCUAUGAAGAAGGAGAUGUAGUUCACUUUUUCUGUGACAAACAUUAUUCUGUCACUGGAUUUGACUUAAUUCAGUGCUAUAAUUUUGGGUGGUAUCCAGACCCUCCAGUGUGCGAAGAUGUAAAAAAUAAAUGUCCUCCACCACCUCUCCCUCAUGACCAUAUCAGCCCAGCCAGAAGAACAUAUCAUAAUGGAGACAAAGUUCAUGUACAGUGUACCUUGGGAAGGAGAGGAUCUGAGGAAAUCCUGUGUGAAGGAGGAAAAUGGACAUCACCCUCUAGCUGUAUUGGAGCUGUGGAUGAACAGGAAUCUGGGACAGCAUCACCACCACUCAAGGCAGAUGCAGAAACAAGGGCAAGCCAAACACAUCACAAUGAAGAUAUGAAAAUGCAGCAAGACUGUGCCUCUCCACCUGUGAUUAAAAAUGGUGCUGUCCUGGGCCCAGUACUGGCAAGUUACAAAAAUGGUUCCUGGGUAGAAUAUGUUUGUCAGCAUUACCACUUUUUGGAUGGGCCCAGCACUGUUUAUUGUCACCAAGGAAACUGGACAGAACAACCAGCCUGCUUAGAACCAUGUACUCUGAAUGUAACUGAUAUGGACAGCAACAACUUAACAUUGAAAUGGAGACGGGAAGAAUUAGUUUUCCUCCAUGGAGAUCUCAUAGAGUUUGAAUGUAAACAGGGAUAUAGUUUUCUCCAGACUGCCAUUCCAUCUCCUGGGAGGACACAGUGUGACCAAGGCAGAGUGAAUUAUCCAAAAUGUGUUAUUCAAGUUGCUGCAGAACAAUGUGGCUCUCCGCCCUCUAUUGCAAAUGGAACUCUUACUGUCCCAGCACUGCCCCAGUAUGACAGUGGUUCUUCAGUUCAGUAUAUUUGUUCUGACUAUCAUUUUUUGCAAGGCUCUGAGAGAAUCUACUGCUCUGAAGGACAAUGGACCUCACCUCCAGUUUGUAUAGAGCCGUGUACUUUGUCAAAAACUGAAAUGGAGAAAAAUAAUGUGCUGCUGCAAGCAUUCUAUGCAGACCAAGUUUACUUUUAUCAUGGGGAUUAUGUUGGAUUUUACUGCAAACAGAACCAUUUUGGAGCAGAAUCUGGCACAACUUUAUUUCAAGUACAGUGUGAGAGAGGACAGCUGGCAUAUCCAAGGUGUGUUGAAAGAGAAAAGCAAGUAUGAACUUGAGGAAAGGCCAUAGGAGAGGUAUGUAUGUGUUCUUUAUCUCUUAUUAGCAGGUGGAUUAGGGUGGCCUCAUGUUCUCCAGGUUGCUCCACUCAGCUUUGGGAAAUGAGUGUUGAGUCUGAGCUGGAGGAUGGAAGGGAAAGGCCUGUGAGGGAUGAGGAUGAGCAGUGCAGCACAGGGAUGCAAUAUUGGCAUACACAUUGAAAAAGGUGGAGGAAGGAAUUGUACAUCUUACCAGCACUCAUGUCUCCCUUCACAGGUAAGGAGCCUCUGAAGGACUGAUCUUGAGGAACAAUAUAAAACAGUAAAUAUAAAAAAGUUUUUAAGGGAUCUGUAAAACCACUUAAAACCUAAAAGUAUACAAAUUGACUGAAAAGUUAGUUUUUAGAAAAAUUAAUUUAAGCACAUUAAAAUCCAAGUGCUUGGUAUGAUUUCCUAUGACACUUAAAUAUUGAUACUCUUAAGGGUCUGCCUGAGGUCAAGCGUGACUACAGCUAUGAAGAAAAUCCAGGAAUAUGGACAACGUUUGCCUUGCAUCCAUUUUAGUCUCUUUUAAUAAAAAAGCCACUCUGAGGGUGUCUUUUAUGUCUAAACUCAUCUCUCAUAGCAUGUAUGGUGCUCUGUAUGGGUUUCCAAGGCUUUUGCAAGACUUUCAUGAAUGAAUAAGGAAUGAAAGCAUUCAGGACUAGACAAAUUCUGCUUAUUUAGUCAAAACCCAGUCAACCAAUAGGUGGAAAAAAAGGCUAACAAAAAUACUUUACACAGUGCAUAUAACAGCACUACCCUUCCUCUUACAGAGCAAACUGGAGCAAAAGGGAUUAAAAGGCCCUUGCUGGAACAGCUGUUGGAAGUAGAAUUCAUUCACCCCCAUCCCUUGCUCUGGAUGUACACACAACACUGGCUGUGUGGCUGUAAGCACAGGACAGGAUCCAGGGGCAUUACAGCCAUGAAGGCAGCGUCUUUGUUGAUGAACUUGGAGGCAAAGAACACACCAAAUACUCAAGCUUCAUGUGGGGCUGCUGCCCUACCUACCUGUUUCGGUGACAUGCCACAUUUUCUUAUUGUUUUAAUCCUAGUGUAGCAACAGAAUACCUUCUUGGGACCCUUGAUGUCCCUCGUAAGUGCCACUCUGAGCUUCAGCUUUUCUAACAUUAUCCAUACAUGCCACAUCAAUACCAUGGACAGCUCACUUUGGAGCCUGUUUUUGCCUCAAUCCCCUGUACAUUGAUUUCUUUUCUGCUUCAGCGAUCUCUGUGCUGUCUCUGAUGAGACAAGCCAGUCCAGGUAGAUGUGGUUUUCCUCCUGAAGAUGAGAACUGAAUAAUCUUGUGCUUGGAGGAUUCUGUCCUCUAAGACCUAUAAGCUUUUCUGGACUCCUCUUUUCCUAAAUAAGUGGAAGUCUGCUCCUCUAAGGUGUAGGAUUUGUACUCUGGUCUUUGCCUUUUUCUCUCUCUUCUGAAUCAAGGAGUGCAUUAGCACAUGUCUACCACAGCCAGGCUGCCACUGGAUUUCCACAAUCCACUUUCUCCUUGUUUGUGAAGGGCAGAUGGGGCUCGGGGUGGCACAGACUGGCCUAUCCAGGACCUAGACCAGGAACUAGUCCCCACCUUCCCCUAGAAAUCCCAAUUACUUGCACCCCAACAUCUUGCCUUUGCAGGCAAGUGCCCCAGAAAAACUGGUUCUGGCUAGAGACUGCCUCAAGUUGUUCAAAGGGGACUCCUGAGCUCUUUCUGCUCAGGCACUCAGAUCAUUCGCCCCAGACUUAUUUCCAAGCAAGUGCAUGGAGAAGAAAGUAGGAAUAGACAAGGCCAAACAUGCUCUGUGUGCUGAUAAUCAAAUUAACUGUCAGCUUUAAUUCUUGUCUCAGUAUGCCACCAAAGCCAGCCUGUUUCCAGGCCACAAUUGUUAAUAAAAUAACAGUGAGAUCAGGAUAGAAUGGAUAAAAUGUAAGCACAACCCUUUGUCUGCAUGAAAUGUAAAUACAUUUACAAAACUAGAUCUAAUGUGGAUAAUAUGCAAAGACAACCAUCCAGUAAUAAAAAAAACAAGAACAAAUUCCAAGACAGAACAUUGGCUAAGCUGCAAACAUAGCACAGCAAAA